AAAAAAAACUGCAGCAAGUUGUUUAAUCCAAGUGCAGCCCAAAAAAACAAAAAGAAGUGAGGUUUUUUUCCCCUGGAACCAUCAGCCGCACCCAAUUUUCUUUUCUUUCCUGGGAUUUUGUGAAAGCAGCCGCAGAUCAAUUCUAUUCACGAAGCACAAAAAACAGCAGCCGCAGGGGACUCCAUUCUUUCUGUUCGUUAGCACUUAGCCGCAGCAAGUAUUUCUUUUCUUCUUUUGGAAUUAGCCAUAGCAGCAGGAAAGAACUAAGGAGCAGUGAAUAGACCAAGCUUAGAGAGGGUGUUGUUGAGGUUCGUUCUGUAUCAGUUCUUUCGGUUUCCGGUUUUGUGUUUUUAUUGUACACUAAAUCGGAACAAUGAGAUUGGAGAAGUGCUGGUUUUGCUCAUCUACUAUAUACCCUGGCCAUGGUAUUCAGUUCGUUCGGAAUGAUGCAAAGAUUUUUAGGUUCUGUAGAUCUAAAUGUCACAAGAACUUUAAGAUGAAGAGAAAUCCACGCAAGGUCAAGUGGACUAAGGCCUAUAGGCGGUUGCACGGAAAGGACAUGACACAGGACUCAACCUUUGAAUUUGAGAGGAAGCGAAACAGGCCCGAAAGAUACGACAAGAAUGUAACAGAGAACACUUUGAAGGCCAUUAAGAAAAUUGUUAAAGUCAGGAGUGAUAGGGAGGCUACUCAUCACAAGAACAGGUUGAGAUCUAAGAAAUAUAUGGUCCAGAAAGUAGAUGCAAAGGAACUUGCACAGAGUAUCCACAUGGUCAAAGUUCCUUCGGCUCUCCAAAAAGAUCCUUCACUCACCUUGCCAAUCAAGGUCAAGGUCUCACAACAGUCCAAAGAAAACCGCAUGGAGGAGUAAUGUCUCUCUCUGCCUGUACUUGUCAUUACUCAUUGCAGACAUUGGGCAUUCAUUACUAUAUCCGAUCCCUCUCCUUCCCCUACUGUUAUUGUUGGUGCCCUUUUAGCUUUAGGUGCUAAGAGUUUGAUAUCAUUAUAUUAUGUACCGCAAGAAAAAAUGGUGUUUGAUCAACUUCAUCAAAUUACAACCUUGUUUUGGUUUUGGUAUGAUCAACGGUUACAAAUCAUGAAUUUUUAUUCAUAUUUUUGAAAUUAUUUGUUGGUUAAGCGAACUGUAAAAUCUUCAACUCUUAUUUUGCAAGUUUCAUGGAAAAGUCAUGUAGAUUGCAAGUUACAUUCAUCCAUUCAACCAUGGCAAUGUAGACAUAAAGGAUUAGAUGAUUUCUA